UCUCCUCCCCCUGCCGUGCGAGCAUGCGCAGUCCCGCCGCUUACUCCUCGCAAAAGGGGUAGCCACUCGACUGUCGAUGUGAUCGCUUGACUUCCCGUUGGUGAAUGGCGGGCUUUCUGAACCGGGCCGGGCUCUAUCUCUGCUCUUCAAUUCGCCGGUUUACGAAACAAACACAAGCAAUAGCCGUCCCAAAAAUCAACCACGCAUCCGUUCCCUCAUUCAGCACUUUACCGGCGAGUUUUCAGCAUUUACAUUCAUUAAGAUGCUUGAAAUUCCAAAGAAAGGAGAUCCAUUCCUCGACUUUGAGAAGAAUGGAAAAUGCAAGUUCAAUGGAUGAAGCCACUUAUGAAAAACUUGCAGAGGAAACACUGGACCUUUUAGCUGACUUCUUUGAAGAUCUCGCAGAUCAGCCUUUUGUUCCAAAAGACUAUGAUGUAUCACUUGCGAAUGGUGUGUUGACAAUAAAUAUGGGAGGAGGCCUGGGGACAUAUGUGAUUAAUAAACAGACUCCAAACCGACAGCUCUGGUUAUCAUCUCCCAUCAGGUACACAUGGGCCUAAACGAUACGAUUGGACUGGGAAAAAAUGGGUCUAUUCUCACGAUGAAGUUUGUUUACAUGACCUGCUCACAAAAGAGUUCUCUACAAUAUUCAAGGCCAAAGUGGAUGUACUUUCAGCAGCAGAUGUCAGUGAUGUGUGACUCAGCAGAAAAAUCUAAGAAUUGUUUCCAAAAAGAUGUUUUAUAGAAGAUACACCCUGUUGUAAUUAUUAUGUAUGAAUCCCUUUUUCUUGUGACAGGCUCUGGCAUGCUGUAAAGAUUGCAAUCAAUCUAUAUUAUUCCAAAGUAAAUUGCCCUGUUGCAGUGGAGUUAUGCUUAUCGCCAAGGGUUUGAAAUUCUUCGAUACAGUUAAUGUGUGAAGGGAUGCGUUUUGUUUUUGCACAUUUGGGUUUAAAAGAUUUCUUUUUGUGCCUGAAGUAAUUGUGAAUAUUAAGUGCCUACUGAUGUUCCAAGAUAAUUUGUUAGGUUUUUUUUCUAAAUUUAGAAUAACCAUAAAUAUACAAUCUAUCAAGCAAUAAUAAUGCUGGGUGUUUGGCUAACUUGCUUCCUGUCAAUCUUGACAAGUCUCACAUUUUAUAGUGUUACAGCCCUAGAAUUCAAGUUUCAAUUCCUGUUGUGAUUUAACUUGGAAAAUCUCUCUUUUAAAAUUGCGAUUUGAUUAUGAUUUAUCGAAGAAGGACCAAAUUUGUAAAUUUCCACAUCCAAGUUCCAGCAGGGAGUCACACACAAAGGGAGAGUGGGACGGAGAAUUGAUGAUUCGGCACUACAACCCCAUUUCCAGCUCCCUGCUCUAAACCCAAGAUAGUCAAUUUGCUCAAACGUUAAAACCACAAAUGCUCCAUGGAAACAGCUGUAACUUUUUCUUUUAUUUUGUAUUCAUUGUUCACAGUUAUUCGGUAAGUCAGGUUUCUAUAUUGCACACUGGAAUUCAGCAGGAAAGAGUGCCAGCCUUGUUUCCACAACUGCUGAAAUUGCCCUCUUCACCCAAGGUGCUGGGACACCUUGUCCUUAUAUCACUGUUGGGAAAUUGUUCUCAAACUUACCCACCUCUUGAAAGGCAGUGUAAUGCUUUAGCUACUUUUCAUUCACCAAGAAUUAUUUCGUUUACCGUAACCAAAGGUCAUUUGUCCUGUCUUUCAGCAUCAAAAUACAAUUUUAACACAGGAGCUGGUUGGAUGGGUAGACAACACCUGUAGUAAACCAAAAUGAUUAGAGAUGAGACAGGAGGAAUGAUCCCUGUACUGUUGCUUUCCAGUUUUGUGGCUGUGGUUGGCUAUAUAGCCAACCAAUUCUCAAAUCAAACCGGGUCCUCAGUUGGUGUUGAUAGGUCUUCGACCUGAAACAUCGGAGGGAGUUUUACUACCCCAAAGCUGGCAUAUUUGCAGAUGGUGGAGGGGAGGGGGCACAUAAAAUAGAAGGGGUGGCCAGCCCAUAGCCUUUCCGCCCACUGCCAACCUGUCCGCUAUAAUACAGUGGACGGGUAAGGUAUUACCCAGCCUAUCCAUCCUUAGGCCUAUUGAGGUUGUAAACUGGCCAAAUAAUGGCCAGUUAAGGGCCUGUUUCCAUUCCCAUCGUGAUAAUAUGUGCUGCUGGAGAAGGUGGAACAAAGGAAGACAGCCCAAUACUUCACCAUCUCAGGUGAAAAGGCGGGAAGGAAAGGGGGGUACCUCCUUUAGGGGGUAUCCUGUAUACCCAUAAGGGGAUCAUCCCUCUGUGACUCCACCCACCCCGCCCCACGCCUCGGGGUUUCCCCCAAAAUCUGGCACCCACAGAUAUUCUCCUCAGGACUGCUCAUAGUCCCAGCACCGGCCACGACUGAGUUCAGUCAGAUUGAGGUGAGACUUCCUUUGCCUGAGGGGCGGCCGCCCCACAAUUAAAUUAAGGCCACCCCUAGUGAUUUAUCACUGUGGGGCAACUUUCUUUAAGGGAUGGGGGGGGUAGUGGCAUGCACAAGCAGUAUUGUCCCUUGUAAAACUCAGCCUAUUAACUCUGUUCCCCACUCCACAGAUUCUGCCAGACUUGCUGAGUAUUUUCUGUGUUUAUUUUGCCUUCGGGUGUGAAAUUCCCAAGCCCCAUCACCGUCCUCUUCACGAUUUGCCAUCUGUGAUUUACUUUUAUUGCAAUGAGUUCACCAAAAGGCAAGCAAAGUUAGCUUUGUUUACCACCCACUUGAGACACAUUGGACUGUCAACUAAAACACAGCACUCAUCAUCCCUUCUGAGAACUGGUGAAACUCAACAUUCGUGGGUGAAUUUGAGUAACUCUGACUACCCCCACCCUCAGCAGAUGGCUGAGAAUCAGGUAUUCGUACCACCCACAACCAUUCUGAAUAAUAACAUUUUGACAAGCCACUAGUGCGCUGAAUUUUAGAGUGUAGCUGCAAGGAGGCGUAUUACUUGCUCAAUGUAAAUUUAGAGUAGAAAUUAUGUAAGUUUCCGGAGGUAAUUUGCAAUAAAGUGGGAAAUGGGCCAAGGCCACAGGAAGAAAAAAUGUUUAUUUAUUCAUGAGAAUCUGAUUUACAAUAAAAACCCUGAAUUGUA